UGUGUGUGCUCUUUCUUCCCGUUGGUUGGACAGGACAGGGUUGUCAUCUGACAGACAGACAGAGCGAUGAAAGUAGACCAUUUUUUCCCAGCCAUGAUCCUGAUGCUCUGUAAUCUGUUCUGCAGGUAUGGAGUAGUAGAGAGCACUGAACACACCACUGAUUGACUUUAACCCCUGACCUCUGACCUCUUAUCCCUGGGUGUGUUCGAGGGGAUGCCCAGGGUAGUCCGGCGGAAGCGAUGGCAUCAUGUGACCUCCCGUACUUCUGCCCUCGCUGCGGAGAUGACAAGCGUUUCGACAGCGUACCUGCCCUCCGGUCCCACCUGGUCAGCCGACACACCUACGAGACCCUCCUGGUUCUGUCUCAGGCCCGGGCCAGGAGCUCCAGCCCAGGAUCUCUGUUGCCACUCCUCCCCCACGCCGUGGCCCAGCCGAAGCACCCCGACCUGGAGAGGGAGAGACUCCCUUUCCCCCUGGCCUGCCUGGAUCUAGCGUCCUCCUCUGCCUCCACCCAGCUACUCAUUGAGAUGUUGACCAGGAGAGACCAGGGAGGAGGGUCAUCUGGUCCUGGUAAUUCUGCUGGUCCUGUAGCUACCUCCUCCUCUACUGCACCUCCUCACAGCACCACGGCCCUGGUCCUGCCUGGCUGCAGGGGAGACAGCCUGCCUGAUUUGGGGCUGAGAGGCCUAGGCCGCCGGUGGCUGGGGCCAAGCCUGGGCCUGGAGUUUGGGCUCUGCCUGGACGAGAGCCUCACUCUGGGGCUGGGGAUUGACGAGAGGCUGGGGGUGGAGAGGAGUAUCGCCAGGACGUUUGCUGAGGUGGAGGAGAGGGUGUCCCAGCAUGUGGGCUGUCUGAGGGCGGAGCUAGAGCGUCGAGAGGCGGAGUUAGAGCAUGAGAGGCGGGAUGCGGCGCGGCUGGAGAGGGAGAAGGAGGAGCUGGAGGACCAGGCUUCCCAUCUCUCCCGGCAGGUGGCGGUCUCCGUGGAGAUGAUGGCCACUCUGAAAAGAGACCUGCAGGGGAAGGACCAGGAGCUGUGUCGCAAGCAGCAGGAGGUGUGUGAUAUUGAGCGGUUCCUGACAGCCACAGCAGAGAGAGAAGCAGAGGCUAAGCUGCAGCUACAGACCUUCAUAGAGGCUCUGCUGGAACGGGCCGACCGGGCAGAGAGAAAACUGCAGCUACUGGUGGCUACAGACAGACACACCCACAACGAUGACAGACACACCCACAAUGAUGACAGACACACCCACAACGAUGACAGACACACCCACAAUGUUGACAGACACACCCAUAAUGAUAAUAGCCGUACAUACAAUAACGAUAGUCACUCCCACAAUGGGACCAAUGGCCACAGGACCAAUGGACACGCCCACAACGGGAGUGAAGACGACAUCAUCACAGGGUCAAAGUUAAUUGGCUACAGGAGAAGCUACAGUGUAUCUGGGUCGCGCAGACUAGGAGACCAGACCUAUCACACCAACUAUGGAGCCCCCGCUGGUCGUAUGCGGACGCUGUCCCUGGGUUCUGGGGGGUGGGACAGUGACUCGGUGGGGGGGUGGGCCACACCUCUGGAAGCCCGUUACUACCACGUUCCCUGCUCUACUCGAGAGGGAGGAGAGAGGAGGGACAGGGGGUACAGGCGAACCCCAGAGGGGAGGGGAGGGUGGGGGCGGACCAGGUGGAGGGCGCCCCCCAGCACAGAGGAAGAGGAGGAAGAGGAUGAUGAAGAGGAGGACACAUGGUCAGAGGCCUGGAGCACACCUGAGACUCAGAGACACGCCCACGUCAGGCUGGAACACUCACCUGGCUCAGGUGUGUCGUCCAUACGAUCCAGCCCGUGUCACCGUGGUUACACAGCAUUGGGGGCAGGGACUCUGAGACUGAGGGCGGGGUUAUUCUGCGUGUUUCCUUAUUUGGAUGUGCGGACGUUGCUGCUCGCCGCUGAGGUGUGCUCCGAUUGGAGGUUUGUGGCGCGACACCCAGCCGUCUGGACACGGGUACGACUGGAGAACGCCAGAGUCUCCGCUAAGUUCCUAGUGACCAUGUCCCAGUGGUGUACUCAGACUCAUUCCCUGGUGCUCCAGAACCUCAGACCACGACUGCGGCAUCGAGAUGAACGCAGAGAGGACUACGACAAGACCACACGGGGCUGUCUGGAGGGAGGUGUGGAGGCGUUGCUGAGGUCAGCGGGAGGCAGUCUAAUGGUUCUCAGAGUGUCUCACUGUCCUCACGUCCUGACUGACCGCUCCCUGUGGCUGGCCAGCUGCUACUGUAGGAACCUACAACACCUCACAUACAGGAGUUCGUCAGACCCCAUGGGUCAUGAGGUGGUGUGGGCUCUAGGAGCAGGCUGCAGAAACAUGACAUCCCUGCAGGUGGCGCCACUACACCCCUGUCAGCAGCCUACCCGCUUCAGUAACCGAUGCCUGCAGACGAUUGGCCGCUGUUGGCCACACCUCCGAGUGCUCAGUGUGGGCGGGGCUGGCUGUAGCAUUCAGGGAUUGUCCUUACUGGUUCGUAGGUGUGUGGGUCUCCAGGUGUUGGAGUUGGAGCGUGUUACUGAGUUGGUCCAGGAGGGGGCAGCAGAGCUGUGUAAAGAAGGACUACAGAAUCUAGAGACUCUACUACUCACCUCUACUCCUGUUACACCUGAAGCACUACUGCACUUUAACAGUGUAUGUUGUAACCUCAGGUCCAUCAUAGUGCAGAUUGGGAUAGCUGACCACUUUGAAGAGCCAGACAGUCCUGAAGCUAAGAGACAGUACAAUGAGAUGGUCAACAAGUUACAGGCCCUAAAGAAGAGACCAGGUCUGUCUGAAGUGUUGCAGAUCAAAGCUGACAUUUUCGUUUGACCUCUUCCUCUUCUUCGUCUUCUCCCUCCACCCCCUACAUCUCACUGACCUGUCAGUCACACAGCCAAUCAGCGAGUCUGGAAGCAACCUCAACAACCAGUCAGACUUGUGACACAUUUGCCAACCAAUCGGAAGAUACAGCAUCCUGGAGAGAAUAAGCAAUCAGCCAAUGGGAAUCACACAGACAUGAAGAUGACACAUCAGACGUUAGUUGUGAAGCUGCUGGGUUCAGAGAUUCUUCAAACAUAACAGCAACAUACUAUAUUACUGUGAUGUAACAGAGACUUUACCCAUGCAACGCACAGACAGACAGACAGACAGACAGACAGACAGACAGACAGACAGACAGACAGACAGACAGACAGACAGACAGACAGACAGACAGACAGACAGACAGACAGACAGACAGACAGACAGACAGACAGACAGACAAGUGUGUUCCAUUCCUCAGUGAGUUAGGGGUGUUUAGUAGUCUUAGGGGGUGUAGCAGUCUUAAGGGGGGCGUAGCAGUCUUAAGGGGGUUAGCAGUCUUAAGGGGUUUAGCAGUCUUAGGGGGUUAGCAGUCUUAGGGGUUUAGCAGUCUUAGGGGGGUUUAGCAGUCUUAGGGGUUUAGCAGUCUUAGGGGGGUUAGCAGUCUUAGGGGGAAUAGCAGUCUUAGGGGGUUAAGCAGUCUUAGGGGGGUUAGCUGUAUUAGGGGGUUAAGCAGUCUUAGGGGGUUAGCCUCUAUAAAGAACUGGUCUCUCCUCUAUAAAGAACUGGUCUCUCCUCUAUAAAGAACUGACCUCUCCUCUAUAAAGAACUGACCUCUCCUCUAUAAAGAACUGACCUCUCCUCUAUAAAGAACUGGUCUCUCCUCUAUAAAGAACUGGUCUCUCCUCUAUAAAGAACUGGUCUCUCCGCUAUAAAGAACUGGUCUCUCCUCUAUAAAGAACUGGUCUCUCCUCUAUAAAGUACUGGUCUCUCCUCUAUAAAGAACUGGUCUCUCCUCUAUAAAGAACUGACCUCUCCUCUAUAAAGAACUGACCUCUCCUCUAUAAAGAACUGGUCUCUCCUCUAUAAAGAACUGGUCUCUCCUCUAUAAAGAACUGGUCUCUCCUCUAUAAAGAACUGGUCUCUCCUCUAUAAAGAACUGGUCUCUCCUCUAUAAAGAACUGGUCUCUCCUCUAUAAAGAACUGGUCUCUCCUCUAUAAAGAACUGGUCUCUCCUCUAUAAAGAACUGGUCUCUCCUCUAUAAAGAACUGGUCUCUCCUCUAUAAAGAACUGACCUCACUCCUCUUUAAACUCUGGAGUUAAAAAAGGUAAAUUACUCAGUUAUCUUUAAAUUCACACUGCCCUUGCCUUUGAACUCAACUCUUUUGCCAGUUCACUUGAAUAAUUUGUGGUCCUGAGUCCUCUUUGCAAUUCACAUUGUUAUGUUUAGAAAGGAACCAAGAUCUUUUUCCAACAUUCACUCAAAGCACUCUGGGUUUUUCCAAAGAGCAGGACAAGCCAUUCCCUCAGAACGUGUUAUCACACAGCUAGAUAUACCUACUUACAUUUUGGAAGCUAAUAGAUUGGAUUUAUUUUAAAAAUGAGACAUAAUAAUUGUAAUCAGACGAUACUAUUAACAUGUAAAUAUUAUUGGUAAAAUAAUCAAUAGUAGAAUAAUAACUGCAGAUUAAAUGAUGCUGUAAUUGAACUUUGUACAACCAAUUUAGGCUACUGCCCCUUUAAGAGAUACAGUAUAAUUGAUUGUGAACCUCAUGUUGUGAUUCUACCAAAUAUGGUGUUGUAUCCUCACACUAUUCAAACCCAACAAACGAAUAAACACCUUGUGAAAACACA